UGCUUGUACUCAGGUUGGAUUAGGUAGAAUAUAAAGUGAAGUAGCUACUCCAAAAAUCCUUCAAGGAUACAGCCUACAUUUGGAAAUCGGAUUCGAAAAUUCUGGAUAAUCAUUUAGAGCUAAAUCAAAGCCAACGUCUACCUUCCCAAUAAAAAACUCUGGACACUUGAGGCAGCAGUGAUGCCUUCAACGGACUCAAGUCAGCAGAUACCAGCGUCAUCUCAAACUCCGAUGGAUGUAGAUCCAGAGAUUGACAUCAAGGGUGCAGAAGUGAAGAAAGCUGAGGGAAAUGAGUUUUACAAGAAAAAAAAUUAUCGAGAAGCCGUUAGACUUUACUCUGAGGCGAUUGAUCUAAAUCCAAAAAAUGCUGCCUUCUACGGGAAUAGAUCAGCAGCCUAUAUGAUGGAUUCCAAUUAUAAAAGAGCUCUUGAAGAUGCCCAGACCAGUGUCAGACUUGACCCACACUUUGCUAAGGGUUAUCUUCGUGAAGGCAAAUGUCAUAUUGCACUUGGCAAUUCCAAAGCAGCUCUUCUCUCGUUACAAAAAGCCAAAGAUCUCGAUCCAAGUGCCGGAGCUAUAAUGCAAGAGGUUCAGAAUGCCAGAAUUUUAACUGAAUAUGAAAGAAAAGCCGAUGAAUGCUGGAAUAAGAGGGAUUUCAGACAGGUUGUAUUUUGUAUGGACCGAGCAUCUCACGUAGCAGUUGCCUGUAUGCCUUAUAAAAUGAAGAAAGCUGAAUGCUUGGCCUUGCUUGGAAGAUACGAUGAAGCCCAGAGCAUUGCUAUGGACGCACUACAGAUAGAUGUCAACAACGCAGACGCAGUUUACGUUCGUGCUCUUUGCUUAUAUUACGACGACAACAUUGACAAAGCCGUGAAGUUUUUCAUUCAAGCUUUGAAGCUCUCACCUGACUUGGAGAAAGCAAGAUUAACAUUGAAGAAAGCCAAAGCUUUGGCGGCAAAGAAAGAAGAAGGCAAUGAAGCGUAUAAAAAUGGAAGAUUUAACGAGGCGCUGGAAUUUUAUGGGGAGGCGUUACUCAUCGAUGACAAUAAUAUCAAAACCAACGCCAAGUUGAGAUACAAUCGAGCUUUGGUAGCUUCAAAGCUCGGCAAGAACACUCAAGCCAUAGCAGACUGCAAUGUGGCCAUAGAAUUGGAUGAAAGAUAUGUGAAAGCUUAUUUGAAGAGAGCACAGCUGUGCACUGCUGAGGAACAAUUUGAAGAAGCCUUGAGAGAUUACAAGAAAGUGUUUCAAAUGGAAAAGACCAGAGAACACAAACGUCAUGUUGAUGAAGCUGAGAAAAGAUUGAAAAUGAGCCAAAGGAAAGAUUAUUACAAGAUACUGGGAGUCGGGAAAGACGCAUCAGAGCCAGAACUAAAGAAAGCAUACAAGAAGCGGGCUUUACUGCAUCAUCCUGAUCGCCACUCACAUGAUUCUGAGGAAGUUCAGAAGGAAGAAGAGAGGAAAUUUAAAGAAUGCGGGGAGGCAUUCGCUGUUCUGAGUGAUCCCAAGAAAAAGGAUCGUUAUGACAGAGGUGAAGAUAUUGACGGGCCAUCAAUGGGAGAUUUUGAUGCCUCGAACAUUUUUCAGAUGUUUUUCGGGGGAGGGGGACCCGGGGGUGGAUUCCAUUUUCCAGGUGGUGGGGGAGGUGGACCAGGAGAGUUCCAUUUCCAAUUCGGCUGAAAAAGCAACGUCCAGAAUCGCAUUUUAUACAUUUCCUCAUUUUGUAAAACCUAUUUCUAUUUUUGCUGCAUGACGCUUCCAAAUUUGUUUUUGUGUGAGAUUUACUGUAAUGUCAUUUACUUCUCCACGUGGAAUUAAACCAGUUAUGGGAUUCAAAAACUGUUAUUUAUUCUGUUCCUAAUAAACACUCAGUCAGACAGAAGUCAGAGUCAGACUUCUCAUUCUUAUACUUUUCAACAAUUUUCCUGAAGAAUUUGGAAAAUAGUUUGGAAAUUGAGCUUUAUAAGAAACUGCAGCAUUACAUGAGCUGCAUUAACAUGACUUGCUUUACGUGAAUCUAAUGAAUAAUUUUCCAAGCGUCAAAUAUAGCUCUAGUCAUCAGCUGUUUUGCAUGUUGCUAAGGUCGUCUAAUGUCUGAAAUAAUAAACUGAAAUUUCCAUUUCUGGAUUUGUUGCAACUUAAAAAAAACUUUUGAGCAAAAUUUUGUUAACUUAAUUAAAUUAGUUAUUAGUUAUUAAACUUAAUUACUCAGCAAUGUUAUAUCUUUUACCCAAUCUUUCAAGCCGCUUAGUUUUUUUUUCAAAUACACUUUUACUUUUGCGAGCCUGCAGAGAGACCCAUUUUUGGAUUUGUUAAAACUUUAUUACCCCCUUCUCAAGCGAAAUUUGUGUGUGUUUCUCUCCUUGCUAUUAUAUUUUUUAACCAAUUUUUCUUUAUAUUGAGUUCAUUUUUGUAGCGUUUGCCUCAUUCAGACACUUCACUGGCUUGCUUGCCUAUUUGCAUGUCCUCUCUAUACUGGAUUUUGAUAGUAAUGAAUGAGUGCACCAUCAUGAUUCUAUAAGUUUCCUGUUUGUGUCACCUUGCUUUGGGAACAAUUAGAAAAAAAAACUUAGCAAAAGACGUGAAAGUGUAAACAUCUCAUAAAAUGGCUUUUAAGAAAGUUACUUAAAAAAUUGCGAACAAUUAACUUUGUAUUGAAGCUUUGCUUACAAAACCAUCUCUAACAAUUUCUUUGCCUGAAUCGUGUUUUUGUCGCAUUUUAAAAAAAUGACAUAAUUGUAAAUAAAGUGAAUUUGAGAGUGAAG